AAAAACACUUAAUCCAUUUCUUUUUUUUGUCUGCGAUUAAGUUAAUUCCUUUUAAAUAUCUGUAAAGGUGCGACCAAUCAAAAGUGACAUUUGCUGUCAGCCAAUUAGAAAUCGUGAAUUUAUAAGUCCGUCAAAACAGCUGACUCACAUUUUCACUGAUUAAGCACUUCAAGUUAGAGAAGGGCACGUUCGACAUUUUUUCAUUUAGUUCGUUCGAAUUCAUUGUUCAUGAACGACCCAUUUCCUAAGUUUUUUUCUUUCAAUCGUUUAAAAAAUAAAGCUUUUGUUCUUUUAUAACAUAAACACGUUCAUUUUCCAUCUGGUUCGUUCGUUUUCUCCCUGAAUGAUCGUUCAGUUAAAUUGUUCCUUCAAUAAAAUCGUUCGUUCAGUUAAAAACGAUUGUUCUUUUUCCAACCAAAAACGUUGUUUUUUUUCCCAAAUCUGUUUGAAAAUUCGUUCGUUCAGUAAUAAACGAUAUUUUUGUCAAGUUCGUUUAUUUUAAAAACUUCAAGUUUAAAGUGUCUGCUACAGGCAAUUUGGAUUAGCGCUAUCACCCUCCUGCCCUUUAAUGUCGAACAUUCAUAUAAAUCAUAUGAAUUCUUCAAUUUGAAUUUUCGAAAAUUCCUGAUGAAUGUUUUCAAAAGUAACACUCGGAUCAAAUCAAAUAAAAAAUAUUAUGAAAUAUUAACUAUAAACAAAUGCAUCGAAUUGAAUUCUUCUUUAUAGGUUGCAAUAUCUGGAUAAAUCAUUUACAAUCUGAGUGGAAUAAUCUGAGUGGAAUACUACAACUCUGUGAAUUUAAAUUGACAAUACACUCUUUGAUAUGGGCGUGGUGUCAUCUGUGUCUCGAUCACGGGAAUGUAGUUUCCGACAAGGCAAGGAUGAAAAGAUAUUUGAAAACGGAAACAAAAGAAGUUUGUCAAAUAACGAGAAGAAGGGAGGGAAAAGAGAAGGAGGAGGCGGAGGAGGAAGACGAGGUGGAGGGAAGAGAGACGAAUGGGUGGAUAAAAGUAUUCAUUGCGGAAUGACGCAUAGAGUUGAUACAUUUUUUCCAAGCAGUAGACUUCCUAGAGGAUCCCAGUUUACUAGCGCAUAUUCAGAUUUUAACAAGGAGAAAAGCGAAGGAAACCUAACUGUUAUAUCUGAAGUGACCUGCCGGGAUUCUGAACCCAACCAAUAUUCAUCACAGCAACUGGAGUGCACAAAUCACUAUGAAGGGAAUCCUGUCCUCUACCUUUCAAACAAUCCUAGAUUCGAGGAGUACAGCGGAGGGCCAGUAGCACCCUUCAUCUGCUCACCUUCCACUAACCGGAGAACACUUCAGAAUCCAACCAGCCUUGCAGACCUUCGUUGUAUUGACUCAGCAGAAUUCUCGGUUCUUAUUCCUGCAAAUCCAUUAGGAGGAGGGAUACCCCCAUGGCAGAAGACCAAUAUCAGCUCAUCAUUAUCAGACGAUGAAAAGGUUGUGUCAAUCUACUAUACUGAACCACAAAACAAUAAAAAUUCCAGAGAAAGGGAACGAAUCAAGAACAGCCUCAGUUGUAUUUAAACACCAUCCUUGACGCUUAAAACGAAACAUAGCUCUAUUUCUAGCAAUAUCAAAGAACAAGAAAAAAAACUCCGCUAAAUUCAUUUUAACUUGAAUUCUUUUCAUUUUUGAUCACACAACUUAAAUCUUUUACCUUUAAUUAUGUUUACGUAAACUUGUUUGAAAGUAGCUCAAAAACGCCAACAUUGAAACAUAAACAAAACUGUAAAAAGCAGAAAAAUUUAGACGUAUUUUCAUGCCUACCCUUAUCUGGAAAAUUAUAUGUACUUUUUGUUAAUUCGUGUCAAAUAACCAAUUAUGUGAUGUACUGUAAAAUGAACAGUUUAAUAAUGUUCUGUUUUAAAAGUUUAUCUGACUAAUCGUUGACUUACAAGGCUACCGUCCUACAGUGAUACCGGAACACUCUGGAAUACUAAGACGACUUUGAGAAUCAAGUUUUAACUCUAACAAGUUCAAUUACCAUGAAAAACAGCAAUGUCGUCUUCUAAGACGACCUGAGGCUUUUUAAUUCUAAAGAUCUGUGUGGUACUUCAGCGGCCAAAAAAUAAAGUCUUUUUUCAUA